UGUUUGGAUUAAGAUCGGACUGGGAAUGUCGUACGAGAAUCGAGAUCUUGAAAAAUUCCUGAUCUCUAUAACCGGGAUUUUUGAACGAGAUCUCGGUCCGGUCUCUAGUUUGGAUGUGGCUAUAAGAAAGUCUAUUACAUUUACCGAACAAAAAAGUAAAUCCCGCCUUAUUAGGACCGCCAAUAAGUAAAUAAAAGAAAACAAUUUCCUUAAUCUCUUGGCAUACUAGAGAGGAUAGAUAAAACAAUAAAAAUGUAUGACCCGUCCUGUAGGGUAGUGAUGUUCGGGAGAAGAAAAAACUCGGGAAUCGG